AGGGACGGGAGGACGGGAAGGAGGCCCUUGGACCUGGCCUCUGUACUAGGAUCGAUCCAGCAGGUCUCCCACCGGCCCAGGGCAGAGCUGGCCCAACCCCGCCGCUCACCACUGGGCUGACGUCCAGACCAAAGGCACAUAGAGAAAAGCCGAAGGUCUAUCAAGGUGUCCGGGUGAAGAUCACAGUGAAGGAACUGCUGCAGCAGAGAAGGGCACACCAGGCAUCCUCGGGGGGAACCCUUCUGUGCCCAGCUUCAUCCCAGUUGACCACAGGAAGCCACAGAGAACAGCUGGAGCAUGCCGUAGGCUUAGGGUUUGAGAGAGGCCAUCCCCUGCUGGCCACAGUCGAGUAUAGAGGGAUUGUUCCUCUGCAGGAGAGGAGCAGCCUGCAGCUGUCCGGAGGCAGCAGUAUCCACCUUUCUGACCCAACUGCACCAUCUUCUGCAGGACGGUAUUUUGAACCUGAACCGAUUUCUUCCAUGCCCAAUUAUUUUCAACCCCGAGAAUUUUCCAGUUGUGUUUCUUGUGAAGAAAGCUCAAGCUGCCUCGACCAGAUCUUUGAUUCCUACCUUCAGGCAGAGACACCCCCGGAGCCUUUGGCCAACUCCCUGCAAAGUGCUCCACACUAUUUCCCAGACAGCUUCCAGGCUGCCCCUGUCUGCUUUAACCAGAGCCUGACCCCAGGAUCACCUUCGGAUUCCUCCACUCUCUCUGGCUCCUUCGACUACAGUUAUUCUCCAGCUCAGUUUCCUCCAUAUGCUCCAGAAAAUUAUAGUUCUCCCCCUUGUCUGGACAGCAGGAACUGUGGCUAUGCCUCAGAAGACUACACCUGCUACCCCGUGCCCUCGCACACCCAGUACACCGGCUUCUCCUCCACCGCCUCCGCCUGCUACUGCACCUCAUGUGAGGCAGAGCACCUCGACACCCUGAGAGUGUCAGAGUACUUCUCCUACCCCAGCACAGACUGUGUGGACUUGGCCCCCGCAGCAGUUGCCACCAGUGAUUUCUAUAAGAGAGAAACAAACUGUGACCUCUGCUAUAGUUAGUAAAAAUUACGUUCUCUUGGAACAUGACAUGGGGACAAUUAUUUUUCUACCACGUCUAGAUGACACUUCAAAAUAGGCAACCUGUUCAAAUGUCACAAGUGCAGUUUACAUGUCACCAUUUUCCAUUUUCUGAUGUUAACUUAGGUAUUAAUAUGAAGUCCUCAGACCCGGUCAUAGUGCAGGUUUUUACGUUUAUUUUGUGUUCUCACAGGUAAAAUUUGUG